GCUUUGAUUGUGUCCGGAUUGUGCCUCCUUCUACAGACCUAGGUGCUAACACUGUUUUGAUUUCUCAACAUAACAAUGAAUCGGAUUUUCGGUAGGAGUAAAGGAAAGGAUCCGCCUCCAAAUCUAUCGGACUGCAUUGGAAAUGUGGAGGCAAGGACGGAAUCUAUUGACAAGAAGAUAGCUCGACUUGACGCCGAGCUAGUGAAGUUCAAAGAUCAGAUGAAAAAGAUGAGAGAUGGGCCCUCCAAGAACAUGGUUAAACAGAAGGCCAUGAGAGUCCUGAAGCAGAAGCGAAUGUAUGAGGGUCAAAGAGACCAGCUUGCACAGCAGUCCUUUAAUAUGGAACAAGCAAACUACACCAUUCAGACCCUGAAAGAUACAAAAACAACCGUGGAUGCUAUGAAGAUUGGAGCAAAGGAAAUGAAAAAGGCCUACAAGCAAGUGAGAAUGGAUGAUAUUGAGGACUUGCAGGACCAGCUGGAGGACAUGAUGGAGGAUGCCAAUGAGGUCCAGGAUGCCUUGAGUCGGAGCUAUGGCAUGCCCGAAAUUGACGAGGAUGACCUAGAAGCAGAAUUGGAUGCUCUUGGAGAUGAGUUGCUGUUAGACGAUGACAGCACUUACCUCGACGAAGCCUCUGCUGCACCUUCCAUCCCUGAGGGAAUGCCAAGUGACAGCAAAACCAACAAGGAUGGAGUGCUGGUUGAUGAGUUUGGGCUACCACAAAUCCCAGCUACGUAAAUGAUGGAUUAAUAAAUACUGUGUGUAUAUACGUA